AAGAGACGUUCACUGCUGCAUCAUUCAAAGCAAACACCAAACCUUAUUAAUUCAUAAUUCUGAGUCAAUCUGCCAUGAAUCUCACAUUUGCACUCAUGGUGUUAUCUCUGCUGUGUGUGAAAGGUUUAUUUGCUGUGGUUUUUCACUCUGGAUCAGUUUGUGCUCCUGCAGGAUCAGCUGUGUUUCUGGAGUCCAAAUGUUCAUAUACUGGAUGGAUAUUUCAGUCAUGGAAACUAAGAAGAAAUAAUACUGAAAGUGUAGCAGAUCCUAGAAAGGACUCCCGAUACAGAUAUAGUAAAUAUAAAGAUAUAGUAGACUGGUGUUACCUACACAUUCAUGGUCUAAAAGAAACAGACGCUGGCAUAUAUUACAUGACCUGCAUUUACAGAGAAGGACACACCAGAUUUACUUUAAAGAGUCCAUCAGAAUUCACUGUAGAUGUCACAGAUCUUCAGGUGUGUGUGGACUCUGAUCGUGUGACUGAAGGGCAGAACGUCACACUGACCUGUAAGACCAGCGGUCCUCUGAAACAAACCUUCAUCUGGUUCAAGAACGGGCUUCGUUUGGAUCUCAGUUAUUCUGGGGAUCAGCUGCAUGUUUCUGUGGUGAGCCGUGAGGAUUCAGGACCAUACUCGUGUGCACUGAAACACUUUGAAACGUUCCCAUCGGCCGAGAUGCUCCUCGAUGUCACCCAUGUUGUUGUGUCUGAGAGUGCUGCGAUCAUAACAUUGUCAUCGCUCCUGAUUGCUGUCGUUCUGCUGCUGGUUUGUGUAGCUCUAUGGACGACGUGAGUCUGGGAUCUGGUUCUUCUUUACACCUCUUCAUGUUCAGUCACGUUUAAUGCCAUUUGCGAAUUUUCACGGACAAAAUCCGCUUAUAUGAAUCUACACAAAUGGCAUUUUUUCAUAUUGGGUUCAGUUUGUCACACAAAUUAUAAAUGCAUUGACCAACAGAUAAAUUGUUGCCCGUGAAAUAUCUCUAACGUGACCAUACCUUCAUAACUACGCUGAUGUCAUGUUUACGUUUACGUCUCAACAGAAAGAAAAAACAACAAAAACUCAAAACACCCGAAGCGGUCAGGUUAACCUAAACCAUCCGUGUUUUUAAUAGACUGAUGUCUAAAACCAGUUUGUAACAUUAACUUUUGACUUUGUCUUUUCUUCAGAAUGAAAAUGUGUACGAAAAUGCAUCAACAAUGGCUGUGACCUUUGACCUGGAGGGGAAAGUAAAGUCAUUUCAUCAGGAGGAGGAAGUUCAGUACUCUUCUGUCCAUUUCAGCAAAUUUAGAAACGCAGAAUAUUCUGCAGCUUGUGAAAAGGAAGCUGAUGUCCAUUACGCUCAGAUCUCAGUGCAACAUCAGAACAACAGCAAUGUUCUGGAGGCUAUAUAAUAUAUUAAUACAUGUCUGACGUCAGUCACCAUUUGUGACCUCCCCUAGAGAUCUAGUGAUGAAUUCAGUUCUGAUUUUGCCGUUUGCAUUUGCAGUACUGUACAUACUGUACCCCUGUGCCUAUCUUUGCAGAACUGAUGGCGAAAAAUGCAUUGAAAGCCUUUUUAACAAAAAUAUUUGUUUGUACCUUUAGAUAUUCUCUGAAUAAAAAAAUAAAGUAUUAGCAUUAUUUUCCCAAGUUCUUGUAACAUAGCUGUUUUAGAAAGACAGAAUUUGGAUAUAUGCCUGUGUUUGAGUCAACAAAAGCAUGCUAUCCUCUCCAUAUUAACACGUCUAUUUAUAGCCGCUGCUGCAUCUUUUUUUAGACCGUGCUGUUGAUGUUCUGCUGUUUCUGGCGACCUGCUGCUCGUCUUCCCUUCAAAAGACAUUGUGGUUUUCCUAAUGCAUGCAGUGAGUGAAAAUAUCUGACAAUCAUAUUCCACUAUAGAGAUGUCUGAUAUAUAACAUUGAUAAUAAGCAUAUGAGCGCAGCUGUGAGCGCAUCUGGCCGAAAUCAUGAAACCUUUUAAGAAGGGUAAAGCUCUGAAAGACCCCAUACCAUCUCUGACAGGGAACAGAUCGCUUUCAACUCACUGCAUCGAUUCCACACCCACUGCUCACUUUCAGUGAUGCCAUUAAAUAUUAAGCAUUUCCCAAUGUGAGUGCAUUAUCAUAAAUGUUGAAACUGAGUUUUUGUUUAGUGAAUUAAACCAAAUAUACAAUAUAAUGAUAAUGUGUACAGUUUUUGUGUGAUGCAUUUAUGUCUGUGGUUUUUGUGUGCAUGUUAAAAAAUUGUGUAUGUAGUACUGCAUCUGCAUGAUUAAUUGAAAUA